UUUAAUCGAGCGGUUACGCGUUACCUGUGUGUUUCCCUCAUAUUUUACCAGGUUACGUGUCGAAAGCAGAAGUUACCUCUUAUACGUGUUGGCUAAUUAGAGGCCAAAGCUGGAGUGCUCAAGAGUUGGAGUAUCAAAUAAAAAAAAAUAUAACACCUCUAAAAAAUGGCAGACACUGUUGGCCACGUUCUGCCACAAGACGAGCAACAAAUCACAUUUUGAACGUGGGCGAUUGCCAGCUGAGUGAAAUCCCCAGUAACCUUAGCGACAGCGACAACAAUGUCGAGUGGCAGCCUGCUGGACGUGCUGUGCAGUGGGAGUGGCGCCCGUUUGGCACUCGGAGCCUCGGUAAUCUCCUAUCUGAUUGUCUACAAUGAGGCUUCCGCUCCCAGCCUGCUGGUGGCCGUUGUCUUGGCCACCGUUUAUGGCACAAUGUCAGCCCGUUGCAAAACGAGUCUUCGCAGCCUGCAAAUGCCGUAUGUGAGGGCCACAAAUAAAUUCGACUUUGGCUGUUUGUUUUUGGCCAUCUGGCUAGAUGCACUGGCCGCCGUGUGUGCCUGCGCUGCUCUGGCCAGAACCCUCAGCGCCUGUUUGGAUGCCAUGACCGGGGGUCUGGCCAGGAUUCUCAUAUUGGGCCGCAAUGCACCCACGAAUGAGCCGUGGCCGGAUGUUCUUGGCGUGUCGGUUGUCUUCCUCGUCACAGGGAUGUUCAUGCUGGGCCUGGAGCACUCGAGGGCAUUUAGCCUCAUUCUCACUCUUGGCAUGUUUGGCUUGAACGCCAUUUUAAGCGCCGUCGGCUGGUGGCGGGGCGACAUGUUGGCCUGGUCUACGGAUAGCUACUUUCAGCCCGAUGGCAUUAGCAGUGUCUUCCUGGCCACUGCCCUGCUCACGUACUCCUUUCCCGGCGAUUGGCCCCAACAACAUCGAAGUGGACGAUUCACGGCGACCCUAAUUACGGGAUUGGUCAGUACGUCGCUGCUGCUGACAGCCAUUUGUCUCUCCACGGUGGUGCACUACAAAUCCCAGGAGGACUAUGUAGCUGUGCCCUUAUUCAAUAUUCUAGACGAAAACGGCUUCCAUAAGUUGAUUCCCGCCUCGGCUUGCAUGUUGCUUCUAACAAGUUCGGCGGCAUUUCUUGAGCUUUUUCCAGAACUAUAUGGAAUCGUUGUGCGAUUGGCCACCUCGGAGUGGAGGAUACUGUCAAAGCAGAUCAGUUAUGAGAGCUCGGAGAGUGGUAACCCCGUGCUGGCUGUUUUCAUCGCCGGCAGCAUGUGUGCUAUGUUGGCAUUCGCCUGUCCACUGCAGCAUCUCAGUUACACUUUAGCCGCUGGCCACAUGGGUGGAGUAUUCCUGCGGGUCCUUUAUCUUCUAUACAUCCCUUACAGACCCAAGUAUAUGGCGCCCAGCAGCGAGUCUUCACUGUCGUACAGUCGUCUAUCCACAGCACCGAUUGCCAAGAGCAGCAGUUACAGCAGCGCCGCAACUUCCAGUUCGAGUCGCUUAAAGAGAAGUCUCUGGAAGAUCGGUCUACCCAAGCACAGUAACCUAAAAAAGCCGAAAACCAAGUCCAGAAACAAACAGGAGGUUGAAAAGGAGUGGCUACUCCUGGGCGAACCCACCUCGCCAUGUCCGCAACGAGAGGGCAGGGAUGUGGAGUCCACCAUUCUUUCCGAUGGCGAGCCACCGCCAUCUGACUUUGAGUACCCAGAUAAGUUCGAUAAAAGUGACUCGGACACCUCCACCGAUAUUGAUGCCAUUGUGGAUGAAUAUCGUGAGAAGAUUAAGGUAACCACUGCUGGUCCUUUGGAGCGCAGUGUUCGAGUGCCAACAGUGAGUUCCUGGCGCGUGACCAUUUUCGCGAUUGUGGUUAUUGGAUUGGGCAUUGCGCUAUGCAUUGCCGGACUCAUGAUGCACUGGGCUCCGGCAGCGUUAACCGGAGGAAUUGGGGUUCUUAUCGUGACCAUAAUGAUGGGUUUUAUACCCAAAUACACGGGCAGUGUGAUCAACGUGAGCCCUGUGAUUUGUGGAAUGUCGCUGCUAAUGGGCGUGAUCCUGUUCAGUGGUUGUGCUAUCCAUUCCUGGCCGGGAUUGCUUAUCUGGCUGAUGGCAGGACUCAUACUGGUGAUCAGAUGCGAUAAAUACUGCUGUAAUUGCUUCGAGCACACCACCAUAAUGAAUGCCCACCUGAUACCUAGUGUCUCGGGAAAAAGUAACCCCGGUUCCGCUACGGGAUCGGCAUCAAAUUUAGCGGGUCCUUCCACCAGCAUCCGGAUAGCCAGACCGCCAAAGGGAAUGGGUGGUGUUGGGUUGCCACAGCUCAUCAACGAGCCCAGAUGACAGUCGGAGUCCUCGGAGGAAGAAGGCGAAGACUUGUUCCACGAGGACUUCAAUGUGCGCGACUUUGACGAGGAGGAUGACGAAGAUUGCUGGACUGACUAGCUUGCGCCUUUUAAAAUCCACUUAGGAAAAUAUUUACUUGCUAUGCGGAUGCCCAGGAUAAUGGUCUAGCUUCGAGCCACAUAUGCCUACAAUUUUCUAGCUAUCUAAAUUGAUUGUCGAAAUUUACCAAUGUAUUUAAAAAUCUCUAGAUAGGCGAUUCUUUGUAACACUAGGUUCAGAAUAAA